GCGGGCGUUACUGAGGGCUGGCGCGGGCCGCUGAAUGGCCGCGGGGCCCGGCGGUGCCUGGCGGCCGCCCGUCACUCGGAGCCGGGUGGGCUGUGCCGUGCCCCGCCAGCCGGCUCCCCCUGUGGCGGCUGUGAAACGCCGUUAACGGGACGUUAUUCCUGCCGCCGGUGAGGCGUUUAGCUGCGGCUCCGCCUCACCGGGGCGGGCGGUGCCGUUCCUGUAGAGAGGUGGGGGUGAACCGGGCGCGGAACCCGGCGCCGCCUCACAGCGGCAGGGGGUAGCGAGUGAACGAGCGACCUCCCGGAGGCGAUAAAACACCCCCCAUCCCUCCACCCUCCCAUUUCAACCCCCAGCAGUGCGGGGGGUGCAGCUCCCCAGCUCCGGCCCCCCUUCACUUCGCGCCAUGGCCCGAGGCAGCGGGCUCUGGAAGUGAAAGGCCCGCCUCAGGAGAGGCUGCCGCCCGCGGGAGGCCUUCCCCAGGCGGCGGCGGGGCGGGAACGCUGAGAAGGGUUCGCCGGCGAGGAGAACCAGUCAGGCCGGCGCUCCGCCUCGCCCGGGAGCAUCAGCUGCUGACCGGGGGCCGGAAGAGGCGGUGCGGCGGCGGCGGCGGCGGCGGGGCCCGGCGGUGCCGGGCGGGUGGUAUCCCCGCGGCGGGGCGGAGAUGGCGGACGAGGCGCUCUUCUUGCUGCUGCACAACGAGAUGGUGGCGGGGCUGUACCGCGCCGCCGAGCAGGGCGAAGGGGAGAACGGCCGGUGCACCACCAAGCUGGAGAGCAUGGGCUUCCGUGUCGGGCAGGGGCUCAUCGAGAGGUUCACAAAAGAUACUGCCAGGUUCAAGGAUGAAUUAGAUAUUAUGAAGUUCAUUUGCAAAGAUUUUUGGACAACUGUAUUCAAAAAACAAAUAGAUAACCUAAGGACUAAUCAUCAGGGUAUUUAUGUCCUUCAAGACAAUAAAUUUCGUCUCUUGACACAAAUGUCUGCAGGAAAGCAGUAUUUAGAACAUGCACCAAAGUAUUUAGCAUUUACCUGUGGACUAAUCAGAGGAGGCCUGUCGAAUUUGGGAAUAAAGAGUAUUGUAACAGCUGAAGUUUCAUCAAUGCCAGCAUGUAAAUUUCAGGUGAUGAUACAGAAGAUGUAGAGCACAUUCAAAUCUGGGUAUCUACCUUAAAAAGUCUGUGGAUUCAUUAUCUUGGUUCAGCUUUCUGUGUAGCUUGUAAAUUAUAGCAGUGUGCAGCACAAUUCCAAAAUAUGUAAUAAAUGUUCAUCAGAAUAACACUA